CACCCCCACCCCCACCCUCAGCGAUGAGAUUAAAAUAAAAAAUAUUGAUAAGGAAAGAGUGAAGAUGAAAUGAGGCACAGAACACAACACAUAUCUCGAUGCAGAGAUAACCGCCGUUUGGAUCAACGGAUUGUAGCUCAACAGGCGUCCAACCAGAGCAUGCCACGUCAGAGAGAGUGGAGCCCACGGAAAAAGGAGCGUGUCGGGUGCUUAACCCUGCAAACGGCGUCUCUUUUUCUUGCUUUUGCUCCCAUCAAAUCAUCACCAUCACCACUGAAGAACGUUGCCAACGCUUUUUUCCACCGCAUUUCGCUGAAAUGUGCUUGAGAUCUGCCUGAGUAACCAUGGGGAGUGUUUCGUCCGAAGACGCUUCCGACCGAUGCGGAAGCUACAGCCUCAGUGCUGACGUCAGCGAGUCCGAGAGCUGCAGCAGCUUCUCCGCUCGCCGCUUCGACGCCGAGGGAGCUUCCAGCUCCGCCAACCUCUCGCCUCGCCCCCUCGCCGCUCACUUCAACUUCCCGCCGCCGCAGGUUAUGCUUCCCGUCAUUGGCGGCAAAGACGUCGUCGUUUGGGAUCACAAGCGUCAUCUCGACUUGUCCGAAGUCGAAAUGAUGAAGGAGAGGUUCGCUAAGCUGCUUCUCGGAGAAGACAUGUCUGGCGGUGGAAAAGGUGUCUGCACCGCGCUUGCAAUCUCCAAUGCGAUAACCAAUCUCUCUGCAACUGUGUUUGGGGAAAUGUGGAGGUUGGAACCACUGGCGCCACAGAAGAAGGCAAUGUGGCGAAGGGAAAUGGAGUGGCUGCUAUGCGUGAGUGAUUCCAUUGUGGAGCUGGUGCCGUCUGUGCAGCAGUUUCCUGGGGGUGGAACCUAUGAGGUGAUGGCGACACGUCCUCGCUCCGAUUUGUACAUCAAUCUUCCGGCGCUGAAGAAGCUUGAUGGGAUGCUGCUAAGUAUGCUUGAAGGGUUUCAUGACACGCAGUUUUGGUAUGUUGACCGGGGGAUUAUAUUGGGUGAUUCCAAGGAUUGUGAUGCCUAUGGUAGACCUUCGGUUAGGCAAGAGGAGAAAUGGUGGCUUCCCUCUCCCAAGCUUCCACCAAAUGGCUUGUCUGAGGAAAAUAGGAAGAGGUUGCAACAGUGUAGGGAUUGCACCAAUCAGAUACUAAAGGCUGCCGUUGCAAUUAAUAGCUCUGUGCUUGCUGAAAUGGAAAUUCCCCGCGCCUACAUAGAGUCCUUGCCUAAGAAUGGAAAGGCUUGUCUAGGGGAUAUAAUUUAUCGAUAUAUAACGGCAGAUCAGUUCUCACCUGAAUGUCUCUUUGAUUGCCUGGAUCUUUCGUCAGAGCACCACACUCUGGAUAUAGCUAAUAGAAUUGAGGCUGCUAUACAUGUAUGGAGGUUGAAGGACCAAAAGAAACAUGAAAGUUCAGCAAAAUCAAGACGGUCUUGGGGUGGAAAGGUGAAGGGUCUUGUUGCGGACGGACACAGUGAAAAGAACCAUUUUCUUGCCCAACGGGCAGAGACACUGCUGGAAAACUUGAAACACCGAUUUCCUGGGCUCCCGCAGACUGCACUAGAUAUGGCCAAAAUUCAAUAUAAUAAGGAUGUUGGACAGUCUAUUCUUGAAAGUUAUUCAAGAGUGAUGGAGAGCCUGGCCUUUAACAUAAUGGCGAGGAUUGAUGAUGUCCUAUAUGUAGAUGAUAGUAUAAAGCGAUGUGCAGCUGCAGAUUCUCUCUCAUUGUUCAGUAGGGGAGGUUUUGGUGGCAUGCCCAUCCAGAAGCGAUUCUCUCCUAGUCCCUUCCCAAUUCAACACACCCCAUAUGCGUCCCCAUUUGCAACACCAUCGUUCUGUUCCUCCUCUCCUGUAACUGGGAGCCCUUGCAGUCCAGGAAGGAUACAUGAUGUGAAGAGGAAUGCUCGGAAGGAGGGUGCAGAUUCAAAAGCCGAAAAGUUAGCUACAUCUGAGUUUGAGAGGGUGUGGUCAUGUGCGGGAAACCUCAGUGCAACAAGAGCGUCUGGCGAUGCUCCAGAAAGAGACUAAAUUCACCCAUGGGUGGUCACUGGUCAUUAAUCAUGUUGUCUUAAUGUGGAUCUGGCUUAAAGCCCUUGGUCCCCCCCGCCCGCUGUAUAUGAGGGUCUAAUUUUUGUAUAUUCUUAGGCAGUAUGAGUAGGAUUAUGUUGAAAGAUCAUGCUAAUGGAUCAUUAGUUAAAAUGUUUCCUCCCAAGUAUAAAUUUCUAGAGGUAGGCCGUGAUAUUAUUUUUUUAACAAGUGCCAAAUUCUAAGUAGAGUUUUUUACUACAUAACCCAUUCGAGAUUCUGCAUUA